AUGAAGUGUGUCAUUGGGGGGUCUCAUCUCAGAGUGUUUGGAAGAGCAAUACAUGCCAUAGCACGCAUUAGUGAUGAAUUUUGGUUUGACCCCGUAGAAAAAGGUCUUGCCUUAAGAUCAGUGAAUUCUUCAAGGUCAGCAUACGCAUAUGUCUUCUUCUCAUCUAUGUUUUUUCAACAUUACUGCUGGACAGCUGUGUCUCAACCAUGUCAGAAGGAAAAACGGUUAUCCCUUCCAUGUAAAUUGAUAAUUAAGUCAGUUCUUCCUGUAUUUAGAUGUGUCAAUGUGCUAGAAAGGAAUGUAGAGAAAUGCAGCAUUUAUACAAAUAUUAAUGAUCAUCACGUAACUUUUCAGCUCCUCUGCAGACAUGGUGUUGUAAAAACAUAUAAUCUGAUGUUUCAAGAAUGUGAUCCGUUGCAGGCUGUUUUUGCAAAGCACAUGUGUCCGAACAUACUUAAAGUCCAUUCCAGGCUGCUGGCUGAUAUAAUGAUUCACUUUCCGACCAGUCAAGAAGAAGUAACCUUAUCGGUUACUCCAAUGAAAGUUUGUUUUAAGAGUUACACUGAGGAGGACACUGAUUUUUCAAAGACAAUGCUUACUGAAAUACAACUAAAUCCAGAUGAAUUUGACUACUUUCAAGUUGGAGUAGAUUCUGAAGUGACAUUUUGCCUUAAAGAAUUGAGGGGACUACUGGCAUUUUCAGAAGCUACCAGUGUUCCCAUCUCCAUCCAUUUUGACAUAUCUGGAAAACCUGUUGCUUUCAGCAUUGAAGACACUGUGCUGGAAUCCAGCUUUAUUUUGGCUACCUUGUCUGACCUUGCAAAGGAGACAACUUCCCAGCAGCCUCCCUGCUUUUCACAGCGGCCAGAAAGCUCAAAGACAUGCACGGGUAAAUCUGAGAGAACCUCCAUGGAUAAAGAUGGCAGCGCAGCAGCAGCUGCUUCCAGAAAGCCACAGUGGAAUGGAAAUACACCGAAUGCAGAGUCAGCAAAACCUGCCAGUCCUUUGGCAAAAGAGGAGAUAAAAAGGGUUCCUGGAGUCCCAAAAAGAGAGGUGACUGGCACAGAGGGAACAGCCGUGACCGAGGACCACACAGCGCUGGAAGCAGAGGCAGCAGAGUCUCGUUAUCACCAGUUUCAUUCCUUAUUUUUUGGAGCGGUUUCUCGUAAGGAGGAUGCCAUCGGUCACCCCUUCCAUAGUUUAGCAACAGCCAGUGACACCGAAGAGGAUUUUGGCGACAUGCAGAGCUCCCAAGUUCUGUAG